AAACGACGGCAUCUCCACCGCAACAACAACAACAGUAGGAGCGAACGAGAGACAGAUAGAAAGAAACAAGCCGAGCUUGCUUCACUUCUGACACCGCAGUUAUUCGGAAGCGGUGUGGGGAGCAUAGAUUCUGUUUGACACAAAAAAGUAGUGUUCCCAGGGUCUUUUUGGAAAUCAAGAUCCGUAUCGGAACAAUACUGCUGCAUUUUUGUGUCGGUGUUGCUGUGUUCGAUCUCAUUCCGUGGCAAACAAGUAACCGCGGAGUCAUUUCAAUAGGAGCAGGAGCAAAAAGAUCCAUUGGUUACCUAGACUCGGGUUUGAUUCGGUUCGGUUCGGUUGGGUUCGAUCUGAUUUGAUUUGAUUAGAUUAGAUUUUACCUGCCUCUUGUCCACAAGAAUCUAUCGGUAUCGAUAGUUGUAUCCACUGCAUCCAUAAACAAAAACGGAUCGUCGGAUCGUGCUCGGUCCCAAACACGAUAGGACACGAUGAAUAUAUUCAGCGCCAAAAAGAAAAAGCGCAGCAGCGGCAUGGCAGCGACGGACGAGGACGGGGACGACGACUACGAUCGCCACAAGCAGCAACAACACGAUACCUCCGCGAUGGACAUUCUGGUCGACAGCGGCAGCGACGAGGACGAGAUCUUCGACGACGGUGACGACGACGACGACGACGACGAGGUCUCCGGCCGCCGGGGGGGAUCCUCCCGCAACGGGGGCUACGGCGUGGUCCCGCCGUCGCAGCAAAGCGCCAAGCGGGGCCUGCCGAACGUCAUCCAUUCCGUGGACGACGACGACGAGGACUUUGACGGGGAGUACACGGACGCCUCGGCGCACGACGACGCCUCGGAGGAUCCCUCGGACGACGAGGACGAGGACCAGAGCCGCCGCUCGCGCCACACGGACGAGGAUUCGGACGACUCGGACGAGGAUCGCAACGAGAAGCACGGGAGCGACAGCGGAGAGGACUACACGGACGACGAGGACGAGGGCGAGGACGGCUACAAGCCCGGUGGGUACCACCGCGUGAAGAUCGGCGAGGUCUACAACCAAAGGUACGCAAACGCAAACGCAAACGCAAACGCAACGCAACGCUAUUCCACGCAGCCGAGAAGAAGAGAACGGGAGCCCAGAAAGGGGUUGUGUUUCGAGAACGAUCGGCCCCGACCGAAGAAAGCAUCGGCUCGCUUUUCUAUUCCCAGAGAAGUAGAUCCUUGCGUCUUUUCGCCGACACUCUUUUUCAUGCCGUUGAUUUCUAUGCUCAUUCCAUCAUUGCUCCAUCGUUUUAUUUUCUUUUGCCGGUCUUUCGUUUCCUUUUUAUGCGAAACAACCAUUUUGUAGAUACGUCGUCAUUAAGAAACUGGGAUGGGGCCACUUCUCUACUGUGUGGAUGGUAAAAGACCGAAAGGCGGUUCAGAACAACGAAGGAGAACAGUUUUUGGCGCUGAAGGUUCAGAAGUCCGCGGACCACUACACGGACGCAGCGAUGGACGAGGUGGAGCUGCUCGACUGCAUCCACAAGGAACGCAAGAAACAGCGUUCCCUCCCCCAGAACAAGAAAGACGCCGAUGGCGUGACCGCCGGAGAAAUGUCCGAGUUUUCGAAGUACUCCGCCACGCUGCACGAUUCCUUCUUCCACACCGGUCCCAACGGGCGGCACAUGUGCAUGGUCUUCUCGAUGCUGGGCGUCAACCUUCUCUCCGUCAUCAAAGCCUUCAACUACCGCGGGAUCCCGAUACCCGUGGUCCAGAACAUGAUACGGGGGAUCUGCAAGGGUCUGGACUUUCUUCACAGAAAGUGCCACAUCAUCCACACGGAUCUCAAACCGGAAAACGUUUUGCUGUCGUCGCACGAACAACUGGGCGGUGGCCCGAACGACACCGACAGCCUUGUCGGCUCGAUGGCCAACAUGAGCAUCGACACGAACCGAGAACUGGCGAAAUCCAUCAAGCUCCUGGAGGACGAGCUACAGAACCCGAAGCUCAGCCCAGCGGACCGAAAACGACUCAAGAAGAAGCUGAAGAAGAAACGACAAAAGGCCCGGAAGAAAUUCUUUGGUUCCGGAGGCGACAGCGGAGAUGAGGACGAGGACGACACCGAUUACAAUGCCGACGACGACGAUGACGACGACGGCGAGGACGAGUCCCCCAACCUGUCGGACUGGGAGCUGGCCCGGAUGCUCAACAGCGCGUCCAGCAUGAUUUCCCCCAGGUCCGCCGACGAAGGGGUGAUCCCGGCCACCGCCUCGGUCAAGCGGAGGCUGAACCACGGCCCCUUUAUCACCUCGAACUUUGGCCACCGCAAGGAACAGGCCGAUGCGAUGCUCCUGGGCCUGCUGCAGACCCUGAUCGACGUCCGGCGGCCCUCUGCCGAGGAGCUCGCCCGCUACCUUUCCCCGCCGAAGAACGACGAGGACACCGGCGAGAACGGGGUGGCGGAGAUUGCCUUUAUGCUCCGGGCCUUUACACCGGAGCAGGAACUGGCGGACGGGGUCUCCACGGCGCUCGGUGGAAUACCGUGGGAGCUGUCCGAAGACAAGGCGAGGCGAAAAUGGUAGGUUUGAAACCCGUUUGGUUGGAUGCGGAUUGGUUGUGUUGUCUCGUGCGGUAUUGUGUUGUAUGCGGAUUCUCACGCAUUGCUUUUAACGAUGGCCUCGACCCUUUUCGUUUUGUCACUUUCGCCCUUUAGGAGAUGUAAGAUCACCGCUCCCACCGUCGGGAGGUACAACUCGGCGGCGGGCUGCCCGUCCACCGCUUUUGAACUGACGCAGAAAUGCAGGAACAAACUCGAUGCCGGCGCAAAACAGAUAUUCUCGGAUCUCGCCCUGCUAGUGGGGGCGAACCUGGGCGGAGACGGGGAGAAAGAGGAAGUAUUAAAUAACAAGAACGCCAAGAGAGCGCUCCCGUACUCGUUGUUCAAGCUAAGAUUCCCCGUUUCGUCGACGUACGUUGUUCUGAGUUUCCUGGAGAGCCGGUUGCACGGAGUCGUCUUUUUUGCGUACCGCCGAGACGAGGGCAACCCACCCCUGGACAGCAUUCUGUUUGGACCGAAGGGCAAUCUCGUUUGCGACCACCCUCUAGCGAUGAGAACCAAAAGCAGCAGCGGGGACAAUUCCUCCUCGUCGCCGACCAACUCCACGUGCAUGUUUGGCUUCGACCUGCGCCAGGUAAAAGACUUCCAGGCCCUGCCGUCUCUCAAGGAGGACGGCUCGGCAUCCCUGGAUCUCGACAGCCCGUCUCUCGACCGCGUUCUGGGCUGGUGGAUCGCCCGGAAUUCCAUCAAGGACCGGAUGAAGUCCUUCCUCGGCUUCGACCCGACCUCGACGCUCGUUUCCGCGCUGGGACACAGGGACCCAGCCAACGGCUCGGACGAUCGCUUCCAGGAAGGAGGAAAGAAACCCGGUGGCAGCACGACGAACAACAGCGGCAACGGCAGGAACAACGCUUCCGCGAUUGCCGCCGCGGCGCCAAAGUCAUCGCCCCCCGAUUUGUCGGAUCCGGCCUAUUUGCUCACAACCAAAUCGGUGAUUGUGGAUCUUGGAAACGCAUGCUGGACCCACCGGCACUUUAGCGAAGAUAUCCAAACCAGACAAUACCGGGCGCCCGAGGUCUUGAUUGGCAGCAAGUAAGUAAAGUGCUAUCGGUGCGCGGAAUGGUUCGAUGUGUCGAUUUGUGGCUUGCUUCCGUGGUUGUCUCUAAUAAUCACGACUAUGGUGGCCUAACUCCAUUCCAUUCUUUUUCUUCCUACUGCGUUUCGUUGCAGGUACAAUACGUCGGCCGACAUGUGGUCGCUGGGCUGCAUGACUUUUGAACUGCUGACGGGUGAUCUUUUGUUCGAUCCCAGGGCAGGAGACGAUUACGACCGCGACGAAGACCACCUGGCGAUGUUUCAGGAGUUGCUCGGGCGGAUGCCCAAGAGAUUGGCGCUGGAGGGCAAGUACGCGAAACAGUUUUUCGACAAGAAAGGAUCGCUCAAGCACAUCAAGAGCCUCAAGUUCUGGCCCAUCCAGGAUGUAUUGAUCGAGAAGUACCACUUUUCGAAGGAGGACGCCAACGCGGUGGCCGAUUUCAUGCGGCCGCUGCUCGACUUUGACCCCAAAACGAGGGCUUCUGCCCUCGAUGCCCUGCGGCACAAAUGGUUGAGGUGAUGAUUACGAUUAUUACGACCAAUCCUUAUUUUAAUUAAGCUUAGCUUUGCAU